CUCUCUCACCACUCGAGCCCCUCUGAUACGCUGCUAAUUACCAUUCUGCCCCUGGCCAAUCAGUGGCCCUCACUCUGCCCUCCCAGCUGCAGCCAUGGCCCCCCAGUUCGAGCUCCCCCCGCUCUGUGAUCCCGUCCUCGAGGCCUUCCUCGCCGACAUCGGCUUUGGCCUGGGACCCGAGCCCACGCCCCUAGACGUCACGACGACGACGACGCCGCCGCCCGAGGAGGAGACGUCGGCGUCGGCCGACGAGCGCCGUCUCCGGCGCAAGAUCUCGAACCGGGAGUCGGCGCGGCGGUCCCGCGCGCGCAAACAGCGGCACCUGGAGGAGCUCCGCGCUCGCGCCGCCAGGCUCCGCGCCGGCAACCGCGAGCUCGCCGCGCGCCUCCGCGGCGUGCAGGCCCGCGCCGCGCUGGUCCGGCUCAGCAACGCCCGGCUGCGCGCCGAGGCCGGCGCCCUGGGCCGGCGCCUCGAGGCCGCGCGCCGCGCCGUCGAGCUGCGGCAGAUCUACGCCGCCGCGUCCGCCGGCACCGGCGGCUUGGAGCUGCAGGCGCUCGCCUCGCUGAUCGUGUAGCAUGCAUGCAUCAUGACUGCGCGCGCGCACGUAGAAAUUAAAUGGAACGUGCGGAUCUUUAAAUUUUGACUGGAUCAUCAUGCACCUGGAACGAAAGUGAAGGACUUUUUGAUCCAUCAAUCAUGGAUCACUGCACGAUCGACGGAGCAGAAUAUUCUUGGCUUGUAGAUAAAUAGAUGCAUGCACGCGAAAUGAACGGAGUUGGCACGUCGCGUUGCACGAUUUAUAUAGAGAAGAGAUGCACGUACGCCGAAUGUCCGAUUUAAUAUGAGUAUAUCAGAUCCGU